CCAUAACAAGACUCGCGCGCACCGGUCGUCGCGCGGACUCGCGAAAAUUCCGAAAAUUCACGGAAAAGUGAAAACCUACAGUAUGCGGACGCGAGUGUGACUAUGAAAAUUGGAAACAGUGUAUAGAAAAAUACAGGAUACAACAAAAAAUUUUCUUUUAAAUUUCAGUGCAUCGAAUGCUGCCAAUGAGAGAUGGCGUUCAACACUACUCGAGAAGCCAAGUUAAUGGCGAGGAAAAGACUCAUAAUAGCCUUCUUUUCUGGCGUGCUGUGCAUCGUUGUAUCUGUGAUAUUAAUGGCCAUCGAUCCAGUCCACAUUAUAGCUAAAUUUCAAACACGCAUAGCUCCAAACUCUCUGCCAUACCACCUACUCGAGUCCGAGGUAGAAGGAGUCCACGUGAAAGCAUACCUCUUCAACGUCACAAACCCUGAGGAGUUCCUGAGCGGAAGGGACAGAAAAAUGAAAAUGCAGGAGAUCGGCCCUUUUAGCUACAAAGAACUUCGCUCCAACGAUGAUUUAGAGCUAGAUCAAGAUAAAGGUGUGGUGCGAUACACGCCCAACGUGAAUGUGGAGUUCGUUCCCGAAGAAUCUAUCGGGAGACCAGAGGACAUCAACGUCACUAUACCUAAUAUUGCUAUGCUGAGUAUGACAGCAAUGAUGUCCUCAUACCCAUUCUGGACUCGACUGGGCUACAACGCUUUACAGAAGCAGGUCGAUUCGAGAGCUAUCAUAACAGUCCCAGCACACGAGUACCUAUGGGGGUACGACGAGGCCCUUAUCACUAUGGGAAACACGUUCAUGCCCGGAUGGAUACACUUCUCUAAGAUGGGCAUCAUGGACAGGUUAUACGACAAGUCGGUCCCAAACCGACUAGAAGUUGGGGCAAAAGAUUCAGACAAGUUUGAAAUUAAAUCCAUGAACGGAAUCAGUGGGCUGAGACCUUGGGGAUACGAGAAUAAUACGACCAGAACGAAAUGCAACACCUUCAUAAACGCGUACGAGGGAGUGGCUUACCCGGACGACCUAACUCCCGACACGGAAAUCCGGAUCUUCCGGAACGUUCUGUGCCGGUUCCUCGAGCUGGACUUUAAGGAGCAAAUCACCAUGGACUUCGGGGCUGAUGCGUUGGUGUACAAGAUCAGUAACCGGACGUUUUCGCCAGGGAAGGACAAUGAGUGUCUCUGUGGCAAGGGGAUUUGUAUGGACGGACUAUCGGAUCUCUCGCCGUGUUUUUAUGGUUUGCCUCUUGCCAUGUCCAACGCGCACUUCCUGAACGCGCCUCCUGAAAUGUACGAACGUAUCGAAGGCCUUGAACCGAGCGAGGCCAAGCAUGGGGGACGGUUUCUUAUAGAACCGCAAAUCGGAGCUGUAAUAGAGACGGAGUUCACAGUUCAGGUGAACAUCGUAAUGGGAGACGUGAGCUUCAACGACGAGGCCAAGGCCACGUCCGGCAUGGUUGUGCCCGUUGGGUAUUUUAGAAUUAUUCUCCCAGCCCUUCCCGAACACACCAAACAACAGCUCAACCUGAUGUACAAAACAGGUCCCGCCAUUUUCUUAGCGGUCGAGAUAUGUCUCUACAUCCUCGGCGCAGUUCUUAUAGCCUACUCCUUCGUCCAAGUCUGCAGAACUUGGCUCUGUGCUGAUGAGAGGGCUAUUGAGUACCAGACACCGAGUGAUGAGAAGAAGGCCACGAUAUUGUGCGUUCCGCUGAUGGACUUUGAUUCGAAAAGCAAUAGUUUCUUGUGAGGAGCACGUAAGUUUUGCCCACAUCACCAGCAGUGACAACAUUGGUUUAAAAUUGGUGUAACUAUUGAUGAAGACGUCAUCGACUCAUCAGUUAUCACCAUUAGAAAAUGCAUGUAUCUAAUGCAUUCAGAAAGGAAACAUUGAAAGUAGACAUUUCGUUAUGUACAUCUACAUCGCAUAAUCGGACGAUAAAGAUGAUGAUAUUUAAAUUUUUGGUGUUUCUAGUUAAACCUUCAAGAAGGUACCCUCUUGUACGUUUUAGCAUGUCCAUGUUGUAUAGGGAAAAUACGAUGAAAAAUAAAUCUUUCGACAAACAUUGAAAAAGUUUAAGAAGAACCUCAAAGCCAGUUACUAAAGUGAACAUUUUACAAAUAAAAUAAAAGUAGUAAUGUAGUAUACUAAUCCACCUACAUAUUAACGCUAUAAUUUGAUUACAAAUAUCUUUAAAUAGUCUACCUUAUCCUGGCUUAGUACAUUUCAAAUUUAAAGAAUUAGGAGUUUACGGAAUCAGUUUUUGCCUAUUGUUCCGGAUAGAUUUUAUAUUUGAAACAGGAGCACAAAUAUUAACGGUUUUUUUGAAGUCUGACAGUAAGUAAAACAGUGGCAUGGGGCACUAGUUUAAUCGCAGUACUAAAUCGUUCACGAAUACACUAUUGUUACUUUUUGCUCGAGUUACAAGAAGUAAUAUGUCAGUAGGUGUUAGCUAUAGUACCAAACUAUGUCAUAAUAUCAUAGUCAUAGGUGCGUUUAAACAUUUGACUGAAGCUAAUUUUAUGCUGCUGUCGAAAAGUUUUCAUAAUUGUAAAUUCUCACAUGGAAUAAUAUUAAAAAUUCCUUUGUAGGUAGUACGGAACUAUUAAGGAAUUUCCGAUUUUUUUUUUCCAGUUUGGAUUUCAUUUUUUUUUCAUUUAAUUUU